AUGCCUCACCAGUCAACCAGCUUUUCAGGCGCAUGCGCCUACUGUCGCGCCAAGAAGCUCAAGUGCGAUAAAAAUGCUCGGGUAUGCUCCAACUGUGAGCGUGCGAGGAUUCCAUGCAUCGAAAUCGAUCCCGUAUCUGGAGAGCAAUAUGAGAGAGGAUAUAUUGCAGACCUGAAGAUGCGAGUCGCCUAUCUUCGAGCGCAGGUCAAUAGUCCUUAUUCCCAAGCGUUGCCAGAUUCUGUCUCAGCUUUCUCAACUCCCGCAGAACCACAAGCGCAGGCCAUCUCGCCAAAUGUGAAAUCUGUCGCUGGGUCUUCAUCCAUCCUCACAGAACCUUCAAAAUUUGCCGACGGCAGUAUCUUUAGUCUUGGACAUCUAGUAGCCGCAGCUUUAUCCACACAGUUCUCUCAAGGAUCGACAUCCCUUUUUCAAACUCGCUUCCAAUUACAGCCGCAAGCUGAUAGUACUGAGAUCUCACUAAGUGAUGAAGACAACCUGCCGCCCCUUUCUGUGGCGUGCGAUCUGGUUGACGCAUACUUCGAAGUAGGAUUCCACAGGGUUUCGCCCUUCAUGAACAAAAGCCAGACAUAUCAGCAGAUCGAGCGUCUGUAUGACAAUCGUUCUUCCUCGGGCUCUGAUCUACAAAGAAAAAACGAUCUAUAUCAAUUGUUCAUGAUUUUUGCAGUAAGCUUGCCAUAUUCUAAGAGGAUGUCAUCAAGUAAAUCUCCCAUCCAUUAUUACGCCUCUGCCAUGCAAUACGCCGAGGAGGCCUUAUCUCACACAGACGGCGAUACCCAAAUUCAAAACACUAUGCUGCUUCUAGUUUUUGCUCACCAACACGCUACUGGAAUUGGUAGUAGGUGGAAACUGGCGAGGCAAGCGAUGAGGAUAUGCGUUCAACUUGGAUAUCACAAAGCUCGCUCGAAACCUCUUGAUCCAGUCACUGAACAAAGACGCCGGAGGCUGUUUUGGUGCUGCUAUGUUCAAGAACGAUUUGCUGCAUGCGGUUUGGGACGGCCUAUAGCCAUUGCAGAUUCUGAUAUUACGGUUGCUAUGCCCGACUACGUCUGUCUAGAUGAUCUACAAGAAAGGCUUGAUACAAGUACGCCGAAUGGAGCCGAGGUGGCCGUGCUCAACCGGCAAGCUCAGUUGCGAAAAAUCUCAGCAAAAGUCCAUGAACAGCUUUAUGCAAGACGUGACGCCACCAACACCAGCUUCCAAGCCAAGGCCGAAGCGGCCACUUUGCUUAAUGCAGAGCUUGAGCAGUGGCAUGUUGCACAUGCGGAAAUAAGCACGAUACCUCACUCCCCUUGCAUCUUUCACACAACGGAAUACAUGGAUGUGAAUUUUUACCGAGAGAGGCUUUUCAUCUACUCUGCUUUGGUGGUUCCGACAGGACAAGAGGCGCACUCAUUUAAGCCUGAUGUGACAUACCUCAGACUCUGCUUGGAUCCGGCCGUGCAAAUAAUUUUCCUUUACCAAACUCUGCUAGUCAAGGGUGUCAAGACAGUCCUUUGGACAUGGAUCCAAGAUAUUCUACGCUCGGGAUUCAUGAUUUUGUACUGUGGGAUCCACAUAUCAAAUAUCCUUAACAGCCGAGAUGAAAUUACUUCAUCCAUAACUACGGACCAUAUUCCAGAGCCUUCUUCAGUUAUCAAGGCUCUCGAUGACUGCCGACAAAUGCUCAAGGACAUUUCACUGCAAUGGUCCGCUGUAACUCCACAUUGGGUGGCAUUUGAUCGGCUAUCCUGCGAAGUAAGAAAGCUAAUCGAGAAUAGCUCGGCCCCAGAGGCCUGGCAAAACGGGCAAGGCGAGGGAGAUGAUGAAAUCGCCAUGAAUCUUGCAACGGGUCAAGGAUUUUGGGACGUGCCGAUGGACAUUUCGUACUGGGACGAUCUUCUCGAUGGAGAUGUCAAUAUGAAUGAGGUGUUUGGGUUUGAUAUGAAUACAUUCUCGUAA